ACCAUGAAGAAUGUGGCCUUCUACGGUCAGCAAGACGAAUGUGUCGUUUCAGGCUCUGACGACGGCAAUUUCUUCAUAUUGGAGGCGCGUAGCGCUCCCAUUGUGAACAUACUAGCUGUGGGUAGCGAAAUGGUUAAUGUGGUCACAGGGCAUCCUCACGAGCCGAUUCUUGCGGCCGCGCGAACUGGCCACCAGGUGGACAUUUUU